CGGGUGGACGCGUCCCGCGCCCGCGGCCCCGCGCGCCGCGCCAGAUUCCCUCUUGUAGUCCGGGGGUGCUCCUGCACCCCUGCAAACACAUCCCUGCCAACACCUUGUGACGGCCCCGGGACCUGCUGCCUCCUGCCACCAGCUGGAGAGGAGAAGCCAGCGGGGACUGCCGGGAAGGGGGACUAACCCCCCAUCCAUGGCAGGGAACAACUGCCCGGGGCUACCGGAGAGCAGCCAGUGCCCGGAGCCUACACCUGUCCCUUGUCCCCACACCAUCCACGCCACUGCCCUGGAGGCUCCCGGUGAGCCCCAGCCAUGUAGGCACAGCUUGGGGCUCCACUGACGGCCACCAUCAACAUGCAGCAGGGCUACGCUGCCGUCCUAUGUGUCCUGGCUGUGCUGGGGCUGGAGGCUGCAGCACCAGGCGAAUGCGAGCUCACCCGCCUGCUCCAGGACAAGCUGCAGUACGAGAUGCGCCUGCAGUACAUGAAACACUACUUUCCCAUCGACUACACAGUCCAGGUCCAGUACGAAGAGGUGCUGAGGCCAUCCAACAUCACCCGCCUGCGCAACGGGACAGUGUCGGAGGCAGCACUGCGGUACCUCUGGUUCCAUGUCAGCUCCCAGGCGGUGCUGCGGAUCCGUGAGGUGCUGCCAGAGAAGCACCCAUCCUGGAAGUACACCCAGGAACUCUGCCAGCUCUUUGAUGCCCUGGGCGAGGAGUACAGCAAGUACCGGCAGACAGAUGUGGAGGCGGUGGUGGCCGAUCUGGUGAAGCUGAUCCACAGCGCGGGCGCUGAGAGCCGGAGCAAGGCUGUGCGCCCCAAGGCACUGCUGGACAACUGCCUCAAGGUCAUGCGGAUGCUCUACGGGGUGCCCUGUCGGUGGGAGUCCACCUAACACUGCAGAAGACCCCUCACUCAACACCUCCUUGCCCUGGAGCCUCGGAUGCUGCCUCUGCUCCUCCCAGAGCCCCGUGGGGGGUUCCCAAGGAAGGUGCAAAGGUGGGACAAAUGCCACCCCACCUGGGACCAAACACUACCCCUUCCAGGACUGUGGGACUGUUUAUGGCUGUGGGGUCUUGUCCAUCCAAGACGUCUGGCACCUUUUGCAUGGGUGUGGGGUCAGACACACCCCCCGUGGCAGGCAGCUGUUAGGAGGACAUGCAGCCUUCCCUGCCCACAGGGCAGGUGAGGGCAUCACCCUGUUUCUCUCGAUUUGUAUUUUUUCCUCAGCUUUCAUUAAACACCAGUUAAUUCUCUAGCAUUGCAGCUCAGCUUCUGACUGGGUCCCAGGAGCCUCCAGCCUUACCCAAAAUAAAGGACCAGCAAAGAGAA